AUGGCUGAUACUGCCGAUCUCCCUGACCGCAAACCCCGCAAGUCGGUCCAAUUUUCCGAAGGUGCUACGAUUGUCGACAGCAACGGCGACGUUACCGAAUCACUAGAGAUGAACGGCGACAAGGACUCCGCUGAGGGCCACGCCGCGAGUGCUGGCGACGACAAAGAGGUCGAGGAGGUCACCGACAUGUUCGCUGAUCUCGCAAAGAAGAAGAAGAAGAAGUCCUCCAAGAAGAAGGAAGGCGAGGAAGAGGACGGCGCAGAGGGCGACUUCGCCGCGCUGAAGAAGAAGAAGAAGUCCAGCAAGAAGAAGGUCGAGGACGACUUCGAGGCCAAGCUCGCUGCCGCCGGCGGCGACAAGCCCGAAGGCGAGGAGGAGGUCGCUGCUCCCGAACCCGAAGUACAAGAAGGCGACAUGAUGAAGGGCACCGGCAUCUGGGAACACAACUCGACGACCCCUAUCUCGUACAACCUCCUCCUGAACCGCUUCUUCACGCUCCUCCACGCACAACAUCCCGACCUCGCCAGCUCGGGCACAAAGAGCUACAAGAUCCCGCCCCCACAGUGCAUGCGCGAAGGAAACAAGAAGACCGUCUUUGCCAACCUUGCCGAGAUUUGCAAGCGUAUGAAGCGUUCCGACGAGCACGUUGCGCAGUUCCUGUUCGCUGAACUGGGUACGAGCGGUUCGUUCGCCGACCAGAAGCGCUUGGUCAUCAAGGGUCGUUUCCAGCAGAAGCAACUCGAGAACGUCCUCCGCCGAUACAUUGUCGAAUACGUUACCUGCAAGACCUGCCGCUCGCCCGAUACCGACCUCUCCAAGGGUGAGAACCGUCUCAACUUCGUCACCUGCAACAGCUGCGGAUCGAGACGUUCGGUACAGGCCAUCAAGACUGGUUUCUCGGCCCAGAUCGGAAAGAGGCGGAGAAUGGUGGGUUAG